UUCAAGCUUGUUGUUAUUGCGUUGCACAGGUGUUGUUGUUGCUGUACUGAACUGAGCUAACAAGUGUUAAAACUAUUUGUGUAAUAUUAUUUUCGCAAUUACCUACCAUUUGGGCACUCAAAAUAAUCCAGAUUGGAGCGCAACAAACGCCGCUGAAGCAAACAGAAUCGGUUUACACAACAAACUUAAUCAGUUGGAUUUGCGCAGAAAUGAGCCAAACGGAGGCAACCAACCCGCCCAAGGCGGAUUCGGAGGCGGCGGAUGAGGCGAGGGGCAGUGGCAAGCAGCAGCUGGGAACGUACCGGGUGUACGUGGUCACUUGGAAUGUGGGCAGCCGCUUUCCGGAGAACAUAUCCCUCCGCCAGCUGCUGGGACUGCAGGACGUGACGGCAGAGAAGGACUCACAGGGCCACCUGCCGGACAUCUAUGCCCUGGGACUGCAGGAGGUCAAUGCCCAGCCGCAGCAACAGGUGCUGGGCCUAUUCAAGGAGGAUCCAUGGACGCACAAGGCCAAGGAGCUGCUCCGCGGCUACGACUAUGUGGCCGUGAAGACGGAGCAGAUGCAGGGACUGCUUCUCAGCAUGUUCGUGCGGCGCCAGCACGUGGAGCACCUGCAGGACAUCGAGGCGGAGUUCACGAGGACCGGUUUCGGUGGCAUCUGGGGCAACAAGGGCGCCGUCAGCGUCCGAUUCACCCUCUAUGGCUGCGGGCUAGCCUUUGUGGUGGCCCACCUGGCUGCCCAUGAUCACCAGCUGGACGAGCGUAUCGAGGACUACAAACAAAUCCUGGAGAACCAUCAUUACCAUGUCAAGCGGUACAGGGAGAUCUACGAUCAUGACUAUGUCUUCUGGUUUGGAGAUCUCAACUUCCGGCUGCAAGGCGGCGACUCCUCAACGGAGGUGCGCGAACUGCUGCGCGAUGAGUCCCAGCAUGAGGCGCUGAUCCAGCGGGAUCAACUGUUCCAGGUGCGCGAGAAAUCGCAGCAGGCCUUUCAGGUCUUGCACGAGCGACUGCCCGCCUUUCCGCCCACCUUCAAGUUCCGCGAGGGCACCUCCGAGUAUGAUCUUAAGCGGCGGCCGGCUUGGACGGAUCGGAUUAUGUACGCCGUGCAGCCCCUGAACAGGCAACCAGGCAUGCAGCUGUCCAUUGAGCAGUGUUCGUACAAGUCCCACCCGGUGUACACCAUCAGCGACCACAAACCGGUGACCAGCGACUUUACCCUGAAGCUCUACCCGAAUGUACGUGCGCCCGGUGUGGUAUUCUCUGCCUUGGCGCUCUGGAAGAUUGGCGACGAGAACACCGUGGAGUACCGCAAGCAGGCUGAGUUCGAGGAGGGCCCCAACGACUGGAUUGGCAUUUAUCCGGCGGAGUACGCCAGUUUGGCGGACUACGCAGCCUAUGAGUAUGUCAACCAGGCCGAGUCACCCACUUCCUCGGACUCCAAUCACGAACCGGAUCCGUUCGAUACGCCAGCUCAUCACCGAAGGGGUCGGCAUCAUCACAAGAAUCGCCAGCGACUGCGCCGCCACCAGGAGGCCAAUGCCCAGGAGCAGGUGCGUCUGGAUUUCGCCGACGACGUGGAACUGCGGCACGGCGAGCAGUAUCUGUUGAUCUACUUCCGCAGCACCGGAGUGAGGGGCGUUACCAGCUUGGCGGGCAUCAGUGGCGUGUUUGUUGCGGAGAAGCGACAGGGCUCGCCCCAUCGGACGGAGUACCAUGUGGACUAGCUGGUCGAGGCCCUCGACAUCAUUCUUCUUUAGUCUCCGCUGUGCAGAUCUAAUUUUACUGACCCUAUGUGACCCUGUUAAGUUUGUUUGUUUGGCUGUUGACUCAGCGUCACCCCCGAAUACGUUUAAAUGUAAUUAUACAAUUACCCAACCAA